AUGCUCCCUCCGGAGGUUUGGACAAUUAUUUGCAGCCAGUUGUCACAAUUCGACCUGUGCUCGCUGCUAUUGGUCAAUAAAGAACUAUCCGAUAUAGCAUUGGCCCAGUUGUAUUGCUCAAUUAUCGUCGAUAGCCAUUACACCCAGUUCGAUCCAGAAUACGUCCAGACAAACCGGCUUUUCCAGACCAGAAAGACGUUUAUCCGCACGAAACCCAACAUCAACGGGUUUCUUCACAGUUCCAAGGUGGCCAAGGUGAAAUGUCUGGAAAUUGUUCAUUGUCCCCAGGAAUUUAUCGACUUUGAGCUCAAACUGUCUAAAUCACUGGCCAGCUUCACCAGCUUGGCGGCUUUGCGAAUAGAUCAGCCUGUUUCGCUUGAUCUUCUCGAGAACAUCCACUCGAAUCUCGACCAUUUGUCUCUCGCAAUCAACAACUUCCGGCCGUGCAGACUCCAAUUUGCUCCGCUGUGCUUGAAAUCCAUCUCGAUCGGGCCCUCAAGCCAGCCAAACGAUUUGACCUCCGCGUUGGUCCAGGACACGUCCAAAUUGCAGGCUUUGGAACUCGUUCGUCCUCACCGCAAAAUCCAUCUCAGAGACCUCAUUUCGUCCUCAAUCAGAUACCCCAGAACAGUGCUGGACUUCCCGGCCGUGUCUCAUUUGAGUCUCGUGAGCGCAAUUCUCACUCCGCAAGACUCCAUCCCGCUGGCGGUGCAAAACAACCUGAAAUCCAUCUGUUUCGCAGACACCAACGAGAUCGCCGAGUCUGAGUCGCUGCUGGACACGCUCAACCCUCCCAAGCUGGAAAUCCUAGCAAUAGACCUUCGUCAAGGGUCCAUCGACUCUGUGGCUCCGUUUCUGAACCGAUUGUCCCCAAACUCGCUCCGCGAACUGAGUCUCGUAAUCAGAUACAACAUCCUGAAACAAUCCCCGCUCAUGCAGCUGCUCGAUCAGUACGUCGCUGCCAUUUCCAGACAGUCCGGGUCGCUUGAAAAACUGUCUUUGGAAAUCAGGUCCGAAAAAGAACUCGUGGAACUCCACGAACAACUGUCCGAGUCGCAAUUUUCGCAACUAUUCAUGAAACAGUCGUUUCCGCGUCUAUCUUCGCUUCGAAUCCAAACCCAGUUCGCCUUCAUCAGCAAAAAUAAACAGUCUUUCUUCAACUGCCUGCCAAAUUUGCAGAAAUUGUGGAUUCUUGGUAGCAACUCGUUCGAAAAACAUUGGGGGCUCGGCAACGCGUAUCCGGGCGUUUUCGACAACUGGCUUCGGAUCCAACACCUCCCUACAGGUCUGCUCAACGACGCACCAAAACCAAACACAAAACUAGAGUACAUCAAGAUCGACGAGUGUUUGUUCCAAAUCAAAAAGGAACAAGACGUCUACGAAAUCGUUCCUAGAGACUCGAUCGACAGCUGGUUUGAGUCCCACACAGAUGUGAGAUGGAACCCCAGACUGUGGUCGAGCGAGAUCCUCAUGGUGGACUCCUGA